AUGGUCCCGGAUCCUGCACACAAUUCCGACCCCCGCGUUCCUGCGUCUGCCUCAGCCUCGGCCCUGGCCGCCGCCGCCGUCUCCCACUCCCAUUUCCAUGCACAGCUCAACCGCGCCGGCGUCAUGACCUCGUCCGACAACCUACCCCCGUCUUCCCACGAGGGCUCCGUCGCGGCCUCCAUGUCCACCACCGACACCUCGCCCAAGCCGCGCGGCGCCGCCCCUAAACCCCUCAUCAUCCGCAACGGCCGCACCUACAUCCACCCCGAGCAGCUGUCGUACCCGCUGCCCGUCGACCUCGCCGAGCUGCACCGCCAGUCGCUCCGCACCCUCCUCCUGUUCCAGCUCUUCGGCGGUCCCAUCAUCUCCACCGCCUUCUCCGCCAAGCCUCCGCAGCGCAUCCUCGAGGUCGGCUGCGGCUCCGGCUUCUGGAGCAUGAUGUGCCACCGCUACUUUGCCCAGCACGGCCAUGGCCAGAUCUCCUUCACCGGCAUGGACAUCGUGCCCCUGUGCGGCACCGGCCCCGAUCCCAACUCCAAGCCCGACAAGGACAUGAACUGGCGCUUCAUACAGCACGACAUGCGCCGUACUCCAUGGCCCCUCCAGGACGGCGAGUUCGACCUCGUCAUGGUCAAGGACAUGUCCUGCACUGCUCCGGGCCAGUACCAUCAAGUUUUCAUGGACGAGUAUCUGCGCGUUCUCAAGCCGGGCGGCGUCCUCGAGAUGUGGGAGACGGACAUGAGCAUACGCAUGCUGCGACCGCACGUGCCGGCGUCCUCCUCGGCCCUCCCCACCGAAGACACCGAGUCGGACAGCGAAAACGACACCGAGGAUGAUGCGUCGAGGUUGGGUGCCUACGUCGUCACCGCCAACACGCCGCUGUCGGCUCCUCUAAACCCAUUCCUUGUCGAGUACAACGGCUGGCUAAGCAAGGCUCUCGAUAAGCGCUUCCUCUCGGCCGUACCGUGUACCUUGAUCGGCCCCAUGCUCCUUCAGGAAGACGGUCUCGUCGAGGUGCGGUCCAAACGCCUGGCGGUACCCUUGUCCGAGGUGCGUUGGGAACGCGAGGGCGUAGGUGGUGUGGUGACCAAGGACGGCAAGAGCUACAUCGACAGUAUGAAGGGCAAGGGCAAGGCCGGGGACUCCAAAACCGCAAAGGGGGGCAAGGCCCUGAGCUUGGCACAGGCGGCCAUUAGGAGGACGGCACUUGAGACGAGCGUCGGUCUGAUACAGGCUCUGGAGCCCAUGUUGAGGGAAACCAGUGGCAAAAGUCAAGACGAAUGGGACGGCUGGACGGGCAAGAUGAUGAAUGAUCUGCUCAAGGAGGGCGGCACAAGCUGGGGAGAGUGUCUGGAGAUCGGCGCUUGGAGCGCCAAGAAGAAGAAGUAA